GGCGUUUCCAAUUUUCCUCCCGCAUUGCUUGCGUUCCCUUUCACCAAAACCCCCCCUCUUUCCCGAGCCUCUCUCUCAGAGCUCAGGGUCUCCAUCUCCUCCCAUCGCCAAACCCUAAUCCGCCGAUUCGAAUCUCAAUCACGCUCAAUUUUGACCUCACAAACUAGCUCAGCCUCUUAACUCGUAAUUCACAUCUCCAGUUCACUGAUUUUUUCGGUAGAAAUGUUGUCUAUUUCUUGCUAGGCUUACCUAGAUCAUCAACCCUCUUAGUACCCGAAGUCACUAUUUACCAAAUCUUUAUCUUGUUAUUCGAAAUUGCUAUUAUGGCGAUCAGAGUUACCUUUUCUUUCUCCGGCUACGUUGCCCAGAACCUAGGUGUUCGUGUCGGUAACUGUCGGUAUCUCAACGAAUGUUUUAUCCGGUCACGGAUAUUUGCUUCACCAGCAACAACCACCACAACACACAAUUCUGAUAUUGAACCCCCUGGCCCGAGAGCGGGAACAGAUUUUCGCCGCCGAAACCUGAAGAGGAAUUAUAGUAAUUCGGCGGCGAUGUAUAGUACGAUGGCUGGUGAGAUUUUUGGAGAUAAUUGUAAAGGGAGUGCGAUUGCGGCUGGAUUAGUUUCUCUGAUGAAGUCAACGGCCGGGGUUUCUUGUUCUAACAUGGGUGCUUGUGGAAUUUCACCAUUUAAAGCCGUCUCGAUCCUGCCGUUCUUGCAAGGAUCGAGGUGGCUUCCGUGCAAUGAGGCGGUUCUGGGAUCGAGGAGUCCUGAGGUGGAUAGAGGAGGGACAGGGACAGGGACAGGGACAGGGACAGUGAAGUCUGUGGAGAAGGUGAGUGAGAGCAAGAGCAGUACUAGUGUGAGCUUCCAGAUUAAUGGGAAGGAGUUUGAGAGGACAGGAAGUUGGUUUUCAAGGGUUUUUAAUGUUUGCUCGGAGGAUGCCAAGGCCAUGUUUACUGCUGCUACUGUUAGUUUGUUGUUUAGGUCCACCUUGGCCGAGCCUCGAUCCAUUCCUUCAAGUUCUAUGUAUCCUACUUUGGACGUGGGCGACCGUAUUUUAGCAGAGAAGGUUUCAUACGUUUUCAGAAAGCCUGAAGUCUCAGAUAUAGUCAUUUUUAAAGCUCCUCCAAUCUUGCAGGAGUUUGGUUUCAGUUCAGGCGAUGUAUUCAUAAAGCGAAUUGUGGCAAAGGCUGGAGACUAUGUUGAAGUUCGACAGGGCAAAUUAUAUGUGAACGGUGUUGUUCAAGAUGAAGAAUUCAUCAAGGAGCCACUUGCUUAUGAGAUGGAAUCAGUGCUUGUCCCUGAAGGUUAUGUCUUUGUGAUGGGGGACAAUCGUAAUAAUAGUUUUGACUCUCACAACUGGGGCCCGCUUCCUAUCAAGAACAUUGUUGGUAGGUCAGUAUUUCGCUACUGGCCUCCCUCCAAAGUAUCCGACACCAUAUACGAUCCACAAGUGGCAAAGAAUGCAAUCUCUUGACACUGGUCUCCGCAAGGAUCUCUGAUACCUAAUAUUUUUGGCUCCUGGUUGAGCAAUUGUGACUACCCUCACUGCUAUCAUCACAGUUCUGCUUAUCUUGAAUGUAUCAGAUGAUGGAUCAUCGUCUCAUCCAUCUGUUCGUUUCUUUGUUGAUGACCAAACUGUGGCUUAUGACACAUUCUUUCUUGUAAAUCAUAUUUUCCAAAACAAAAGACAAGUGGAAGAAGUAAUAGACAUGUUCAUUGCUUUGUAUCUUUAUUUAUUGUUCUUGUUUCUUGGGGAAUUCAGCAAUGCACCAAGCGACCUGCAUGGAUUUCUGCAACUAUUGCUGUGCCCAUUUCAGUGCGUGUAUUGUCUUCUUAUGCCUGAGGUUGACGCAUUAUGGAAAGCUCCUGGUAUUGGUUUCCUUUGGUGCUAUGGUUCUUGAUGCGGUUCCUCUUGAAGAUGUGGUUGUUAGGGGCAGGGGAGUGCAUCAUGAUUUUGGUCGUUCGGAGACCUUGCAAUCCAGCCUUGCACUGGAGAACCUCCUGGAGUUGAUCAUACAGAUUGCUGGUCAAUAAACAGAGCUUCAUUAUUUCAGAUUGUUUCUAAUAUUUUACUUCAUUUGUUUGAACGCUUGAAUAAUUUUUGCCUUUAAAGAAGGCUGAUUUAGACUGAAAAAUCGACUCUGGUGGUACUUCAUCUUUUCCUCCGGUUUGUUUCAGUUAUCUUUUAUUGCAGCCUGGCUUUGUGGUAUUGAAAAUCA